GCAACUGAAGCUGUUCUGUUGAUUUUCCCUCCCCCUCUGUGGGCUGUUCAUCUUCCAUCACUCGCCUCCCCCCGAUUAUAUCUGUAUCUCCUUCCUAAGAGCAGGCGACUAACAUGGAUAUUGUAAAUCAGUUGGUUGCCGGUGGGCAGUUCAGAGUGCUGAAAGUCCCAUUGGGCUUCAUCAAAGUCUUAGAAUGGGUGUUUGCCAUAUUUGCAUUCUCCACCUGUGGGAGCUACUCCGGCUCCUUCAAGAUGAGCGUGGAGUGCAGAUACAGAUCAGACAGUAACCUGAAAAUAAAUGUGGAGUUUGAGUAUCCCUUCAGGCUUCAUCAAGUGUAUUUUGAUGCCCCCACCUGCAAGAAUGGCCAAACUGAACGUUUCUUCCUGGUUGGGGAUUACUCAUCCUCUGCAGAGUUCUUUGUCACCAUAGGCGUUUUUGCAUUCCUGUAUUCCAUGGCAGCUCUCAGCGUCUAUGUCUUUGCCUUUGAGAAGUACCGUGAGAACAAUAAAGGACCACUGAUUGAUUUUGGUGUGACGUGUGUAUUCACCUUCAUGUGGCUGGUGAGCUCGGCAGCAUGGGCGAAGGGUUUGUCUGAUGUCAAGACAGCUACAGACCCAGAGGAGGUUCAACAACUUAUCCCCGCUUGUGAACAGGAAGGCAACCAAUGCCGUGAAGUUCACGACCCCGUCAUGUCUGGUCUUAAUACUUCUGUGGUCUUUGGCUUCCUCAACCUGAUUUUGUGGACAGGUAACCUGUGGUUUGUAUUCAAGGAGACUGGGAUCAUCGCACCAUUUAUGCGUCAGCAGCCUGCCCAGGAGAAGCAGCCCGCCCCUGAUUCCUUCGCCCAGGGAGGUUAUGAGCAGCGGGACCCAUACGCUGGCUCCCAGGGUGGCUACCAGCCCGAUUACAGCCAGCCAGGUUACAAUCAGGGUGGAGACUACGUUCAGGGCGGAUAUGAACAGCAGGGGGCACCCACCUCCUUUUCCAACCAGAUGUGAGCGCUGAAAUAUCUGAGGAAGCGGGAGAUGGCAGAAAGAAGUUGAUCAUGUGACUCUAGCAGUGUGGUGCCUGAACCCUACCCACAACCCCACACUUCUUCCUGUUUGUGCGUCUGUGCUUACGUCUGUGAAAGAUAAGAGGGGCGGACGGGAGGGAAGGGGACAGGGUCUAAUCUCAAAUCACAUAUAGAUGGAUGGGGGAUAGAGAGGAGGGAUUUUAAUGUGCUGUUUAUUAUUGUGAUGUAUACGAAUAAAAAAAAGUUUGAUCAGAUUUCAAAACACUUGAAUACUGUACCAAAAUAUGAAAAAGAAUAUGAAUAUGAAUGAAUUUUGAGUUAAUGAUGUUGACAAUAGUAAUGCUAAACUUGAGAGAAUGUAUUUAUCUGUGCUGUAUAGAUAUCAUUUUAUAUAUAUAUAUAUAUAUAUAUAUAUGUAUAUCCUAAAGAUAUGAAUGGGAUUAUUCCACUGUAGUCUAGUCAAAUUUAGAGACCCUAACCAAAAUAAUAAUUAUAUUAAUAAUAUGUGAAAAAAUUCACAAAGCCCAACAUAAUUUGUUCCUUGGAAAUUUUUACCUCUGGUUGGUCAUGGUUUGGUAGAGCUUGUUCCAUUUCUAUGUUGACGUCUUUGGUUUAGGAUUUUGUUGUUUUUAAUUUCUUCAUGGGUGGGAUGGAGUCGAUGGGGGGCGUCCAGGGCUACCAUGAGUAAAAUCAUUCCCAAACUCAUGGAGGGACAACAUUAUUUCAACCAGCAAGCAAAAUGGUCAAGUAUAUCUUAAAGCAUUUCGCACUUCCUGACUUAAAAUGUUGACUUUGUUUAGUUCUCUCUCUCAAAUCUUUGUCUUUUGAAAAGCACAUGCCUUCUCAGUGCAGAAAUAGCAUGGUUGUUUAUAACACAAUGCCUCUGAGUGUUGUGUUGAUGUAGUGUUGUUUAAGUUAGAGGAUGCUAAAAAGAGAUAUAUGAAUAUAUAUAUAUAAAGUACCUACACAUUCUUUAAUGGAUAUCAUGAACUGCUGUAGUGUGAACUUUCAAUGAUUUGCAUCAAAACAUCACCUGAAUUAUUAGAUUAUUUUUCAGAUUGAUCAAUCAUUCACAAUGCAGGUGAUAAAAGAUAUCUGGUGUAUAUGAUAGCUUGACCUCUCGGCCGGAAUCAAGGGGGUCAUUUAAAUGAACAAUGAAUUUCAUAUUUAUCUUUCGAACCGUGUUAAUGGCAGGUAACUGAUGCAAUAAAGUCUUUAAAGUUAUUGUUUUGUAUAAUAUUCAAACAGUUUAUAUUAAAGUCUAGCACUUUCAGAUGCAAGGAUGCUGAGUAAACAUCUUAUUAAUCUAGUAAAUGCACCAGAUUAGUUUUUGCCCUGAGUUGAUCAUCGUUUCAUUUAGGGCUGAUGCUUCAGACGUUGUUAUGGUGAGAUCCUUUAUAUUAUUGCAUGAUCAGAUGCUCAUAAUGCAAGCUACCCAGACUUAUAACUAUCUAAUAUUUUUCAGACUCUUUCAUUUGCCUGCGACUUUGAGGAAAACCAGGUUUUGCUUUUGGGUAGAAGGCCGGUGGCCUACUAAAUGUAUUAGCGUGUCUCUCCCUCCCUCUCUCCCUCAUUCUUUCUCUCUUUCUCUUCCUCAUUCUCUGCACUGGCCCACUCUUCUCUUCCUCCAAAUGAAUAUGCUACUCAACUUCUCCGUUGUUACUGGUGUUUGAUAUGUCUUGUGAAACUCUCGAUGCCUUUGGGUUGUGCUGUAUUUAAUGUGUAUGAUAUAUUCUUAGCGUUUAUGAAGAUAUUGAUGAAAAUGGCCAUGCUGAAAAUGACCAUGCUGAAAACUCAAUCAGCAAAAUUAUCCAGAAAUUCCGUUUUAUUGUUCUAUGGAAUCCAUGAAUGAAAAAUUCAAUAAAGAAUAAGUUAUCCUGUUGAAAGAAA